AUGUUCAUCGAUAUUGAAGUUAGUUGCUUGUUGCGAGUUAAUUCCGAAAUAUCGAGACUGAACCAUGGGACAGGGACAGUCAGUGUUGCCUGGAUUCGUGCCCAAGGAAUCUCGUCGAUCCUAUCAUUUUCCGGAAAACCGGGUCCGCUCUGGAACGUGAUGACAAAAGUAUUGACUCCAUCACGAACGGGGGCCUUGAGGACUACCCAUGGCUGUCUCGCUGGUUUGGUAAGAUAUGUUGAAACGGAAAGUCGGCAGUUGAUUGUUUGCCCGAACUGCAUUGCCGGUUAG